GAGGAAGACAAGGACAAAUAUGGGCUACGUAUGUGGGCUAGCGUGAAGUGGAAUUAAUGUCAACAGCCCUGGCACAGUAUGGCGCCCAUGACUAUGGCGUUUGUUCCAGCCAAACAGCAGGGCGACGGCAGGGAGCGUUUCAUAAAGUUGUUUUGAGUAAGCAUGUGAACAACGGAGCAUGACAUGGCUGAAGCUGCAAGCCCUCCAGGAAGCGCGCCCCGGAUGCCGUGCGAUUCAGCGUUUCCCUACGAGGAGUACGAGUGCAAAAUAUGCUACAACUACUUUGACCUGGAACGCAGAACACCGAAAAUAUUGGAAUGUUUGCAUACAUUCUGCGAGGAAUGUUUGAACACUUUGCACCUCCGCGAGGACCGACCUUGGCGGAUCGGAUGCCCGCUCUGUCGCCACAGAACGCCGGUGCCAGAAUACAGGAUACAGAACCUUCCGAACAACACUAAAAUAACGGAUGCUUUCCCCUUCUACAUAGAGUCAGACCCCCUUCCACAGGAUAGAUUGCCGCCCCAUCCACCUCCUCUACACCCUGCACUCAUAGCUCUCCAUCGAGAGGAGUCCAGCCGAGCAGCAACAGGGGCCCCGGGCGAGGACAGUGCAUCGGUCUCGGUGGCCGCCGCCGCUGCCUACGAGGCUGCUGGUUAUGAGUCUUGUCAGACUUGUAAACGUGUUGCUCUCACCACUGGGUGUGUGUGUGCUAUUUUCGCCUUCCUGUCCAUGUUGGUUCUGUUGUUCAUGGGCCUUAUAUUCGUCCACAACUAUAACAACCCCCCGUCGCCAGUGGGACCCAUCUGUCUCUCAGUAGCCAGCAUAUUGGCAAUGUUUUCAGUCGUUGUCACGUGGUUGAUGUGUUGGCUGAAAUACCGACCCGAACCGGACAGCGCGCGGUCAACCAUUGGCGGCAACAGACGGAAUGCUUGACAGCAAAUCCAGCAGUGACCUAAAUCAGGGCUGUAUGUGAACACUUAUCAAAACACUUGACCAAACCUCUGCAGCAAAUUGUGGAAACAAAUAAUCAAUGUAUUUAUUUGCCACAUAGGACACUGUUCAGAAAGAGGUUACUGAAGGAUUUCUUUCAUUAAAUAAGUUAUAAUCAUGUGAACUGUGCUGACCUACAUAUCAUAUUCUGUUAAGUGGCGCAGUGGCUUGUGGGUAAAGCGCCAAACGUGCAGUAUACUGUUACUUUUUUAAGA